AAAGCUUUUCCACCAAGAUCCUCCAAUUUCCUGCUUUAUUUUUUUCUCGACCUCUUUCUUCGACGGGAACGGAACACAAAGAAAAGCCCAAGUGGAAGGACGAUCUUUACCUCACAAAGCACCCUCAACCCCUCCCUCUCUUUCCCCUUCCAGCCCGCGCUUGUCGUCGCCUCUGCCGCGCCGCAACCAACGUCUCUCGACAUUCGCCGCCAUACAAGCGUACACGAUGGAUGUCGAAGGCAGCACCAAACCCCCCUCAAAGUACAUCACGCUGGUAUCGAGCGAUGGCUUCGAGUUUGUCGUCCUCAGGGAGGCUGCCAUGGCCAGCCCUACCAUCAAGACCAUGGUCAACCCUCAAAGCAAGUAUCUGGAGGCCGAGUCUGGCCGGUGCACUCUCGAAGAGCUGAGCGGGGUGGUUCUUGGCAAGGUGGUCGACUAUUUUCACUACUGGUACCGGUUCAAGAACGCCCAAGAUGUCCCAGACAUGGAGAUUCCCACAGAGCUCUGCCUCGAGAUCUUGAUGGCGGCUGACUACCUCGGGAUGCAUAAGGAUUUGUGAAAACAGGCCAGUGGUAUCCCCAGGCAUUUCAUGAUUUGAUGACCGGAGUUUGGGAUAUUGGCUUCCGUUCAUGGGCUAGCCAAUUCAGCUGCCCAGCAGGAGUUCCGGGAUUUGGCAAUAAUGUUCCUGAUAUAGACAGCCAGGGUAGGCUGCAAACACACAGCAAGCCGAUACCCCCAGUUGGGGUAUCUCGGCCUGUUCUCCUCACCCUAGCCAGUGUGCAUUUCCCUGAUGCCUCGUGACAGCACUCCACCAUCUUAGCAUAUGCGUUCAACUAGAC